CUAAAAAGUAUUUAAAUUCUUUCUGUUGUCUUUGUGACAUAAGCAUGGGUCACUAGUUAAAGAUAUUCGUUGUAUCCAGGGACUUACACAACAAAAAAUGGAGGACGACGUUCCAGAAGAACACAAAGAGCGUCUUGAACAGUUGUUCUACAUGUACUGUCAUCCAGACUCUGGGUUACUCACCAAGGAGGGUUUUAUCUCUGUGUUACGUGGUUUACACCUUGAUCCAACCAACACCUUUAUCGAAUCUAUAUACGCUGAACACAACAAAGACGGCAAUGACGAUGGAAUUAGUCUUUACGAAUUCAAAUCAUGGAUGAAGAAUAGAUGGAAUACUAAAGAUGAAAUGGAAAACAGAUUAUUUUCAUCACUGGAAGUUUUGUUCUCACGAUAUUCUGACAAUCCAUCACGUGAUAUGAGAAAUCUGAAAAUUCCACUCAACGAUCUCAUGGAUGCUUUGCAAAACGCAGGUAGCGAACCUUUAAAUAAAACGGAAGCUGAUCUUAUUCGAACAGAGCUUUCCGCAAUAGAUACAUCAGGAACUGGAAUAUUAGAUGGAAAAGAUUUGGUAACCUUUCUACACGGAGAAGACGAGACGUUGUCAGCUCGAGAUAGUGUCCGGAAAGGAUUAGCAACGGCUAGAGGUGGACCACGACAAAUGGUAAAAAGUACUAAUGAGAUUGAAAGAACGCCAACAGGGGACCAGUAUUAGUUUAACCAAGCAACAUAAACUAUUUUCAUGAGGAAGUCUCAUUAUACCGUUGUCAAUUGUCAAACAUUUAUCAUUGAAAAUUACACGAUGAAAGCACUAUAGUGUGUAUUUUUGUGUCUUAUAACACAAUCAAUAAAUGUCAAGUAUAUAUUGCAAAUAAAGCCCAUAAAUUACUGAGUUGCUUUAUACAAAGCAUUCAGUUCUUGGUAGACGAA